CGUACAUCUAUGGCUGCAACCAACCCUCCGCCACGACCACGGAACCUUCCUGCCAUAGGUAGAUCCACCGCCCUAGAAUGAUUGCAUGCUUGUAAGAGGUAUUGUGGCUUGUUAUCUACUGACGAUUCGGGACAAGAGGCUGAGGGCAUGCACACAGGUUGGGCGUGCUGAGUGGUUUGGUCUGAGGAACUGAGCGUCAUGGAAAAUGGGUUUUGGGCUUCUACCAGGGAGGUGGUGACGGACGGGAUGAGAUGGAAUAGGGACUGGUUGUUCUUCUUUGGCGAUUUUGGUGCGAAGGAAUAGUCUGGAGGAUAUAACAUGUGUAUAUAUACACGCAAAAUAUCUCACAUCUCCAUCGACCAGACCACCAACACUACCAUCUCAACACCCCCAUCCCGUCUCCUCACCACCCACCACCGCGAUGCGUUCUUUCAAUAUGCUCACACUCCUCCUCCCCAUCUUCACCACACUCCCCUCGUCACUCGCCCAAGACCAAGCCAUCUCCGACGCCGAAUCAACAGCGUCAGGAAACACGCUAAACACUUCCACGCAAGCUCCCGCAGAAGCUACUUCGGCCGCUCAAUCAGCCGCGUCGUCGAUUGCUUCCGAAGCCUUUUCUUCGGCGUUGUCGUCGGCUGCGAGUAGUAUUUCCGAAAGGGUGGCUCAGAGUCCGAGUGCGACGCCUACUACGGGUGCGGCGGGGUCUACAAAAGAUGCGCAGUUUGCUGCGGUGAUUGGUGGGGGGCUUGCUGUUGCUGCUGGGUGGUUCGUCUGAGACAAAGGGAUUGAGAUAGAAAAUGGAGGGAGAAAGAUGAAGCGCGAAUGGGAUGUUAAGAACGGUAUGCCAGACAGCAUAUUCAAGCUGUAGUCAGCGACAAGUAGUCGCAGACACUCCUCCAAACAGCAACAUAGAGUCAUCACGUCAAGGUUGAUAUGAACACC